GCCGGCCACUUCCGCCUUUCGGCGCCGGGGCUCGCGUGGGUGAAACAAGCAUGGAAGGGAGCGCCGUCGAUGACAAGUUGCUGCCCGAGGCUAUGGCGGUAGCGGAGGCGGCGGGCGAGGCCGGGGGCUUCACGAGCGUCCGUCGGCGGAAGAGGCGGGCGGGCGAGCCGGCGGAGGCCCCCAUGGAGACCGGCCAGGCGCCCCUGCCCAGGAAGCGGCCCGACUUCCCACCCCUUCGCGGGGCGGCGCUUGAAGGUGGAAAAGGUGACAUGAGGAAAAUUCCUGUACCAGCUAACAGAUAUACGCCCCUAAAAGAGAACUGGAUGAAAAUUUUUACACCUAUUGUAGAUCACUUGCAGCUUCAAAUCAGAUUUAAUUUAAAAACAAGGAAUGUAGAGAUAAAGACUUGUAAAGAAACCAAGGACAUCAGUGCCUUGACUAAAGCAGCCGACUUUGUGAAAGCCUUCAUCCUUGGAUUUCAAGUGGAAGAUGCCCUUGCCCUCAUCAGGUUGGAUGAUCUUUUCCUUGAAUCCUUCGAAGUAACUGAUGUGAAACCGUUAAAAGGAGAUCAUCUUUCUAGAGCAAUUGGAAGAAUCGCUGGGAAAGGCGGGAAAACAAAGUUCACUAUUGAAAACGUCACGAGGACGCGGGUCGUUCUUGCAGACUCGAAGAUUCACAUUUUAGGAUCUUUCCAGAACAUCAAAAUGGCGCGAACGGCAAUUUGCAACCUAAUCUUAGGUAGUCCUCCAUCAAAGGUGUACAGCAACGUCAGAGCAGUGGCCAGCCGAGCAGCGGAGAGAUUCUAAAACUUACAAUUCUGAGUGGAACGAACAUUAUUUUCUUCUGCCUUGUCCAGGAAGCAGCUUGUAUACAGACUCCUCAUCUUGGGAAAAUGCUGCUAGUAACAUUUUCUUGUAAUACAGCUGACGUGUACAACAGACAUGGGGCGGUGUAUCUUUGGAUGGUCUGGAAGUUCAUCUUUUGAAAGAGGAUUUUUGGCUAAUAAAUGGUAUCUGCUAA